AUAUCAAUAUAUCGAUGACUAGAUUUGUAUUUAAUACCGAUUGCUGUUGUGUGUGCGCAUCAUUAUCGAUUCAGCAGUUUUAUUUUUUGCACCAAAAAAUCUUUGUGCUAAUCACAAAAUGUAUACAAAAGCACAGAAAUCAAUGUGAAAACACGCUGCAAAAGUGAGGAACAACAAUGGAGAUACCCAUACAAGUGGCUGUGCGCAUUUAUCCCCAUGCUGAACUCCAGGCAAAGCCACAACUCAAGGCCACCACAGAGGAUGGCGACGCAGAAGCUGACAAACCGCAAUCGGAGCUUCCCUCCUCGCCUCCGACCCCGUCAACGUCGCCGUCUGCAGCGUUAGAUGCCAAUGGCAAUAAUAGCGAAAAAGAAACUGCUACGCUGAAUACAAAUGAUACGCCGGAGAAUGGCAGCUGCGUGCAAGCAAUACCAAUUACUGCAUCGGCUCUCGGUUUGCCCAGCGCCUUGCCCGGCGGAGCGCCCUUGGACAGCAUUGCCGCUGGCCUCAUCCAGGUGGGCGCACACACGGUGCCCGUAACGCACGCGCUGCCCAGCAGCACCACUCAGUGCCAGGUGUAUCAUCAGACGGUGUUUCCUCUGAUUAGUCUGUUUCUGGAAGGCUUCGAUGCCUCUGUGGUAACUUAUGGUCAGCGUAAGACAGGAAAAACAUACACACUUUACGGCCAUGGGUUUGAAUGUGUUUAUGGCGAGGCGGAUCAGGGUGUCGUCCAACGUUGUGUACGUGAAAUCUUCACGCAUAUUGCAGCACAUACAGAGCGUACUUAUGCUGUCAACGUGGGUUUUGUGGAGAUCUGCAAUGGCGAAGUGCGUGAUCUGUUGGGCAUGGGCAACGUCCAUUGUCGCAGCGUCGAAGAGGUAUUCCAUUGGCUCAAGUUAGGCUUGAGCAAGAAGCUGGAGCUACCUGCGCACACGCUCUUUACCAUGACACUCGAACAGCAGUGGAUCUCAAAAGAUGGCCUCAUCCAGCAUCGCCUGUCAACGGCCAGUUUCUCUGAUCUGAGCGGCACCGAUCGCUAUGGCGAACCACCACCUGGUUAUCCGCGUGAUCCAGGCUUGCAUAUGCUGGAGCAGGUGAUUAACACGCUGACAGAUCCGGGCAUCAUGUAUAGUGUCAAUGGCAAUAUUCCCUACGGCCAAACAACGUUGACAACGUUGCUAAAAGAUUCAUUUGGCGGUCGAGCGCAGACUUUACUCAUUUUGUGUGUUUCUCCGCUGGAGCAGCAUCUCACAGAGACGCUUGGAAAUCUGCAGUUUGGCUAUAAGGUGCAAUGUGUCCGCAAUUAUGUCAUCAUGAAUACGUUCUCCGAUGACAACACUCCCAUAGCACCUGAGACUAUGCCCAACGAGCAAGCUGUGGUAGACAGAGCGGCGCUAAUGGCAGCUGUAGGUGCGACCAAUGCGGAAAACUUUGGACUGCAGUUUGCGGCCAGUCAAUGGUUCAAACUAGUGUCCAAUGCUGAGGGACUCUUUGCCAAAUUAAUUGGAUCCAAUGCCAUAACGGAGAUGGAGAAAGAACAAAUGGAAGAAUGGCUCUUUUUGAAGCAGGAAUGCGAGGAGUGCCUAAGCUCCAGCGAUGUGCUGCGCCAGCCGAAGCCAUUGGUGCCCAUUGAGGAGGCCGAAGAGCCCGAAUCGGUUAGCGAGCCGGAAACAUCAUGCCAGCAGAAUUCCGAUAAUGAGAGCGACAAUGAAUCGCAAGGUCCAGAUCUAGAUGAGAAACUUGACAGUUUUAUGGAUGAGUUUCGUUCUAAAACAGAUACUCUCAUCAAGGCCAAACACGAGGAGUUUAUGCUUAAACAGCCCAAAGCUGUGAUGCAGAGCCAAGACAAGGAGGCGGAACAAUUGAAGCUGGAGCCCGCUGCUCCCACUGAGGUUGAAAGAUGUGAUGAACGCAAAGCAAGCACAGGUGGUCGUCGACGCAGCAUACAGCCAGGUGCUAGCUUGAGUAGUGCGGAGCUGGCCAUGCUUAAUCGUGUUGCCUCACAACAGACAACGGGCGCCGAAGUUGUGGCGGAACUCGAUCCACUUGAGAGUGCAGCAGGCGUCUCCACGGCAGUUGUUGUGGCUGCUGUAAGCGAACCGAUUGAGCAGGUGCAAAAGAAGAUGCGCAAGCUGCAUGCAGAGAUUGAGGCACGACAGCGGCAACUGAAAGAAAUCGAACAGACCAUGCAACUGAAGCAGAACAUCAUCAGUGAGCUGGUGAAGAAUCGAGAGACUCGAAGUCAUGUCAAACAGCGUUUCCACAAGAAGAAGGCCAAAUUGGACGCUGAGUGCGAGAAGGCAAAGAAGCAUUUGGCCAAGGCGCUGGUGCAAGGCAAGGAGAAGGCGGAGGUGGAACGCUGGAGCGCGAUUGUGGCGCACAUUGAGCAUCGGCUCGAGGAUCUCAACUCCAUGAAGCACAUUGCUGGAGAAAGUGGCCAAAAGCUGAAGAAGCUGCAGCAAUCGGUGGCAGAGUCACGCAAACAAAUCGAGGAGUUGCAAAAGAAGCUGAAGAAGGAAUGCAAAUUGCGGGAUCAACUGGAGGCCGAGUUGAAGUCACUCAAGGAGGCGUCACUAGUCAAGUUGGAACCGCAUCCCGAUCAGCUGAAGGCGGUGCAAGCACGCAUUACCCACCUGGAUCAUAUAUUGCGUGAAAAGUCCGAGAAUCUGGAACUGGGCGAUGCCAGCGAUCAGUCGCCCAGGGAGCAGGAGGGUUUGCGCCAUGAGAUACGCAAUUUGCGGCGUACACGAGACCACUUGCUGGAGCAGCGUUGCACGCUGGAUCGCAAGCUGAAGCGUGACAAGAUGCUGACGCAACGCGAGGAGCGCAAACUCCUCGAAUGCGACGAGGCCAUCAUGGCUAUCGAUGAGGCCAUCGAGUUCAAGAACGAACUGAUCUGCGGUCGCAAAUCAAUUGACUUGUCCACCGAGCGACUGCAGCGCGAAAAGGGCGAACAGAUGCUGAUGGCACGCCUCAACAAGUUGUCGUCGGAGGAGAUGCGCACUCUGCUCUACAAGUACUUUGUUAAGGUCAUCGAUUUGCGGGAUUCGUCGCGUAAACUGGAGCAGCAGCUGGUGCAAUUGGAGCGUGAACGCGAUGCCUGGGAGUGGAAGGAACGUGUGCUCUCAAAUGCAGUACGACAAGCCCGUCUCGAGGGAGAAAGAAAUGCAGUGCUGUUGCAACGUCAACACGAGACAAAGUUAACGUUAAUGCUACGUCAUCUGGCCGAGGAGACGUCCACCAGUUCGGCCAGCUAUGGCGAGCGUGCUCUGGCGCCAGCUCAUCCCCAAGCCAGCAGUGAUUUCGAUUAUGAGCUGGACUUUUACAAGACAACAGGCGACAAAGUGAUGCUAAAGACGCCGCAAGCCAAACCCACGCCCACAGUGCUCGAGAAGUACAAGGACAAGGAGCGAAGCGGUGGCCGCAACAUCUUUGCCAAGUUCCAGGUGCUCACACGCUAUGCUUCGGCAGCGGCAGCGGCUGCUGGUUCAUCGUCCACCGCCGAUGAGUCGACGGCACUGAUAGAGACCACAACCACAACGGCGACCACAACCACGACGACAGCAACCACGAGCACAGCGGCAGCGGCACUAAGCAGAGGCAAGGAGCAUGCGUUGGUCAAAAUCAAUCAGGAUCAACUGAAGCGUUUGAUGCCGCCGCCAACAUCCACAAAAGUCACACGACAAAAGAAUAAAAUCAUCAUACAGGACGCCUCGCGCAAUAACUAGAAACUAAUUCACGAAUUUACCAAGUAAAAGGCACUUUAAGGUGCUAUCAUCUUUGCAUCAGUCUCGAAUCUCUCAACAAAAAGAAAAAUACUCAAUACUCAAUGAACAAAGACGUCCAAUACGACUUAACAAGGUUUUCAUCAAUAAGCCAACUUCCUUUUGACCCCUCUGAACUAACGCAUUUAAAAUCCCUUGACUGGCAAUUUGUAAAGACUUGACAACUGUUACUUAAAAUACUCGCAAUUUAGUAAUCCAAAAACAAAAGAAGAAAGUAUACUGCGCAAUUAAUAUGCUCAAAUUGUUAAGUUAAAUGAUUGGAAACACUUGUUUGAUGUAUGUUUAAUACGCAUUUAUAUGUUUAAAGAUUGUAUAUGUAUAUUAAUAUUUUAGUUGUAAGUUUUUGGCAUUUAAGUUUUCUUAAGCCUUAAGUCUCUGUCCCAGAUUGUGCUAUUUAUUUGUUUACCACAUAUUUUUUACGUUUUUUAAGCAUUUAUUACAAUUAUGUCUUCCCACUAAAAACUGAUAAAAGAGCUCAAAUCAUCCUAGCUAUUUACGUUAAGUACUUAUUGCAUUUACUAAAUAAUUAUUAUGUUAUCCUUUUAAGAUACAAAACAAAAAACAUUUCGGUUGUGUUUGAUGCUAUUUAAAUAUUUUCCCCAUAUCGAGGAUCACACAAUGCAUAUGCUUUAUAUUACAACAAAAAAUUGCUCAAAGUCAAAAGAAUAUAUAUACAGAUAAAACAAAUAUAUAUAUAUAUAUAUAUAUAAUAUGCGUAAAACUGAUAUUUUUGCGUAGAAAUCAUAUUCCGAAUAAAAA